UCGUCGUCGUCAUCCAUCUCACUUUGUACCCUAAAAACCCAUGUUUAAGAUGGAACAAAGUGAAGUAGCAGCAACUCCUGCUGCUGCUCAAUCUCUUUCGAGUUCAACAUCUUCUCCUCCGACGUCCCCACCGGUUGUUAUUAGCCCUUGUGCCGCUUGCAAGAUUCUAAGGCGCAGAUGUGCUGACAAAUGUGUGUUGGCACCUUAUUUUCCUCCUACUGAACCGAUCAAGUUUACCAUAGCUCAUCGGGUGUUUGGUGCUAGCAACAUAAUCAAGUUCUUGCAGGAACUUCCGGAGUCUCAAAGGGCUGAUGCAGUGAGCAGCAUGGUGUACGAGGCUAGUGCGAGAAUCCGAGACCCGGUUUAUGGUUGCGCCGGAGCGAUUUGUCAACUGCAAAAGCAAGUCAAUGAUCUUCAAGCACAACUAGCCAAAGCUCAAGCUGAAGUGGUCAACAUGCAGUUGCAGAAAGCCAACCUUGUGGCCUUACUUUGCAUGGAGGUGGCGCAGCCUCCGCCAUCACCUCAAUCGACUUCCCUGAAAUCCAUCGACGAUUUCAUCCGUAACAGCCCAAGUUUCUUGGAAGACAACAACUUAGAGUCAUUAUGGGAGCCUGAGGCUCUCUGGACAUGACGAUUGAUGCUUUAAUAAUUCCUGAAGCAUUGAAACUCUAUAUGUUAUGAAAAUAUAUAAGGUCCCAUUGAAUUAAA